AUGGAGGCGCUCUACCUGCUGGCCUCCCUGUCCACCACCCUCCUCACCUCCGCCCUGCUCUCCCUGCUGCUCCUCCUCCGCCUCCCCUUCGCCCGCCGUCCCGCUCCCGGCGGCGCCGGCGCCGGCGCCGCCCGGCUCUACGAGGGCCGCGUCCGGCACUCGCGCCGGCGGCCGGCGGGGCACGCCUUCGAGUACGCCGUGCGCUACGCCCUCGUGGACCUCGACCUCCUCCCCCUCUCCGGCCACCUCUCCGCCGCCGAAGCCCGCGGCAUCGCCUCCACUUCCGGCCCCGUGCGUCUCCUGACGGUACCCAAGAGCGUGGGGUACGAACAGAACCCACUGAGCGUCUACUACUGCUAUGACGCAGCUGCAAAAGAACAAGAUGAAGACCUCAAGAUGUGCAUUGCCGAAGUAACAAAUACUCCUUGGGGGGAGAAGGUGAUGUUUACCUUCCAACCGGGUUCUGAUCUCGUUGCAAAGCCUUUACAUGUCAGCCCCUUCAUGGAUAUGCUUGGCAAUUGGAGUAUUCGUGCUAAUGCCCCAGGCGAUAAUCUAUACGUGGCUAUUGCGGUUCAGCAUCCAACGCUUGGGAACUAUUUUACUGCAGCUUUGGAUGCCAAGUUAGUUGGUCAGACGAAUGACUCGGUUAAGCUAGCAACAUUCUUCUGGCUGAUGCCUCAUAAGGUUGCUGCAGGGAUAUACUGGGAGGCCUUCAGGCUUUGGUUGAAGAAUGUGAGAUUCCUAGACCAUCCGAGGUACCUGAGCGGGAGCUACAGGUCCGAAGCUCUGAAGCGCGACCUUGAGAUCCGUUCCUCCUGCAGCUUCCUGCAUCAGAAACCGAGAGAGAGCAUUGGAAGAAGCGGCACAGCAACGACCGAUGAAACAGCAGAGAACUCAAACCAUCAGAAUUACAAAGAUGGCGGAGGGAGCAUCGGGGCGAGGUGGUGCGUCUGGACGGAUGCUCAAUGGCCAUGGUGCUGA